AGCAUUUAUAGAAAUUCAUGUCAGAAGAUGAAGACGUGGCUACGGCAGGUUCCGGCGCGCCUGUCGUCGUUCCAGGAGAAUAUCACCCUGUUACUGUUUUUCCCGAAUGGGAAUGCGGAGCCUUGUUCCUGGCUCCUUGUUCCUGUUCCUGGCUCCUACGAAUCAGUGCCGGGGUUCUCAUCCGUCGUUGGUUCCUGUAGAUGACCACGACUCACUCCAUUUAUUUCAUUUGCUCUUCUAUUCUAUUGUCGGUGUCUUUUCUGGAAUAAGAGGGACUGUUGAGUGUGGGGCCAUCUUGGAAUGGGUAGGGAUUUCGACGAAAAAGUUGCAGACAAAUGCGAACGAGUUGCAAGCCGCGACCAAAGAAACAAAGCACUUCUUCUUCACGUGUUUAGCAUUAGCUUCAUACAAUGUCGUCGGUCGCACUUCGCGCGUCAACCUCCUCCGCGGCACAGCUCUCGCGUGGCGCUGUGCUUCCUGAGUCCUACCGGUAUAGGAUACCCGUUCGCGAACUGGCAAUAACUUCACCACACGCACACGACAGGACUAUCGAUGAAGAUAAUCAACAAAGCGCGACUUCUAUAUCGAGAUCGAACUCUAUUCAAGGUGUACUAGAUGAUCCGCGGUUGCCGUGCUGGGAGGGUCUAAACCGUCAGCCAUCUGCGCACGUCCGUGCGUUAGCGGAAGAAUUGCUUCGACUGCCAGAGGAGGAACUGAAACAACUACACAAAGAGUGCCGCAAGCGGCUAAGCGUAACCCCGGCCACCAAAAUUCCGGGCCUUUCUGCGCGAUCGCCCUUUCCUCACCCCCAGACAUUUUUUCGCGGCGAGAAUGGCAUGCGCACUUUACCGGUUCCAAGUCAAAUUUUUGCACCCGGACUGUUUUUACCCUCGCUCAGCGUGUUUUUCGGCGGGCGUGAGCGUUGGGGUGUCAAAACAAAAAGCCCAGAGAGUACUUCUACAUCGAAAACUUCGAGCUCUGUCCAGUGAAAGAAGAUGAAUCUCUCCAAUGUAUUAUGCCCUCAAAGACAAGAUGCCGUCUUUUUAU